AUGACAGCUCCUGAAGGCGAAUCGCCAUCGCCAUCACCGUCACCAAGUCCCGGUGGCCGAAGACAAAGAGCACCUACAAUUACGAUCGAUACUUCGGCGGUCAAUAACCCAAAUUUGCCGCAAGAUAUGGAAAGCGAUGCCGUUGCUUUGCAACACCUAUCAAGCUCGCCGACGGCCAUCCAGGUCGAGGAGGCGAGUCCUCCAAUGAAUGAGGGACCGGUAAACCCACCCAACAAUUUCCCACGUCAGGCCAGCCACUCCAGUCACGCCAGCCAGGCAAGCCGGAUAUCUAUACCAGAACUUCGAGCGUCGAACUCUUUUGAGAGCAGGGACCGGGACAGCCGGCCGACUUCACCGCACCAUGUCUCGUCGCCAGCGUCGAGAGGCGGCGAUAAAGCAACUGGGUUUUUGGCGGUACCCGGGUUGAGAUCACGACAAAACUCAAUUGAGUCCGACGAUGGAAACCAUGCGAACACGAAUUAUAGCGGAGACACGCUGGCGAAUAGCUCCCAGGCGGAUAAGGAUAGAGCUAAGAAUGCUCUAGGGAACAAUGAUGUUACGAAUGAUCCGGACGCGUUAACCCCCGACCCCGGGACCGAAGAGGAUUUCCAGCCGGUGGACAACAGCUUUGCCUUUUCCCAGGGGCAGCUGAACAAGUUAAUAAACCCCAAGAGUUUAUCGGCCUUCUACGCGCUGGGCGGGCCGCUUGGACUAGAAAAGGGAUUACGAACGAAUCUGAAAGCUGGGUUGAGCAUGGAUGAGGGAGACCUAGAUGGGGUCGUCACUUUCGAAGAAGCAACAGCUGCCGCUCAGCAGGCGGCAGCGACUGGCAAUGACGACUCGAAGUCACCUCUAGCACGGAUAGAAUCGAAAGAUUCGCAUACCUCGGCGCGCAGACGAUCGCCGGCAUCCGAUGAGGCAUUCUUCGAUCGAAAACGUAUCUACAGUGAUAAUCGACUCCCGGUCAAGAAGGGCAAGAGUUUACUGCAGCUCAUGUGGAUUACCUACAACGACAAGGUGCUGAUGCUACUUUCUAUCGCCGCAGUGAUUUCAUUGGCCAUUGGUUUAUACCAGACGUUUGGAACUGCGCAUGAUGCCGAGCAUCCACCAAUCGAGUGGGUUGAAGGAGUUGCGAUUAUCGUGGCUAUCUUGAUUGUGGUAAUUGUCGGCUCUCUGAACGACUACCAGAAGGAGCGGCAGUUUGUGAAAUUGAACAAGAAGAAACAGGAUCGAGACGUCAAUGUUAUCCGAUCGGGCACAACUCGGGAGAUAUCCGUUUUUGAUAUCUUAGUCGGAGACGUAAUGACCUUGACACCAGGAGAUAUGAUACCCGUGGACGGGAUAUUUAUCGAUGGCCACAAUAUCAAAUGCGAUGAAUCUCAAACAACCGGAGAAUCUGAUCUGAUCCGAAAAACCCCAGCCCAUGCGGUUUACUCGGCCAUCGAAAACCAUGAUAACCUCCGGAAACUCGAUCCAUUUAUUCUCUCCGGCGCCCAAGUCACUGAGGGAGUUGGUACAUUUGUGGUUACGGCCACCGGCGUCAAUUCGAGCUACGGAAAGACACUGAUGUCUCUACGAGAAGACCCAGAAGUUACUCCUCUACAAUCUAAAUUGAAUCGUCUAGCAACUUAUAUCGCUAAAUUGGGCGCUGCCGCGGGUGGCCUCCUUUUUAUUGUUCUCUUCAUCGAAUUUCUUGUCCGCUUGCCUCAUAAUCACUCUACACCUACUGAAAAAGGGCAAUCUUUUCUCAACAUAUUCAUCGUCACUGUUACCAUCAUUGUCGUCGCUGUCCCUGAGGGCUUACCCCUGGCUGUUACACUGGCACUGGCGUUUGCCACAACAAGGAUGUUGAAGGAUAACAAUCUCGUGCGGCAUCUCAAAGCUUGCGAGGUUAUGGGUAAUGCGACCACCAUCUGCUCUGAUAAGACUGGAACCUUGACCGAAAAUAAGAUGACUGUUGUUGCCGGAACACUGGGCACGACUUCACGCUUCGGCGGAACCGUGGACACCUCCGAUGCGGACUCUACAAAUGGGAAAGGCAAACAGACACAGAAUACAGUGGUUGAGAAUGUCCCGGCUCAAGAAGUCGUCGCUGCCCUACACCCUGGGGUCAAGAUGAUGCUAUUGCAAUCCAUCGCCAUCAACUCUACCGCCUUCGAGGGGGAUGUUGACGGAGUUCAUACAUUCAUCGGAUCCAAGACAGAGACUGCGCUUCUCGAGUUUUCGAAAGAGCUCCUCGGCAUGGGGCCCGUUGAUGAAGAACGAUCGAAUGGAAACAUUGUACAACUCAUUCCUUUCGAUUCAGGCCGCAAGUGUAUGGGAGUUGUUGUACGCCUGGACAAGAAUAAAUAUCGACUCUACGUCAAGGGAGCAUCAGAAAUCCUUCUCGAGAAGUGUUCAAGCGUCAUCCGGGAUCCCACCAAGGAACCUGCCAGUUCUACAAUGACACCGGACAAUCGCCAAACGUUACUUAGCUUAAUUGAUAACUACGCCUCUCGCUCCCUCCGAACAAUUGCCAUGGUAUAUCGCGACUUCGAUAGAUGGCCGGCGAAGGGGGCCCGCACUGUCGAAGGUGAACGAACCGAGGUUGUCUUUGAAGAUGUUUUCAAGAACAUGGUGCUUUUGGGCAUUGUGGGUAUCCAAGACCCUCUGCGCCAGGGUGUUUCCGAAGCCGUGAAGACAUGCCAGAAUGCUGGCGUAGUUGUCCGCAUGGUUACUGGAGAUAACUUAAUCACCGCGAAGGCUAUUGCAACCGAGUGUGGGAUCUAUACCGCCGGUGGUGUUGUUAUGGAAGGCCCUGCGUUCCGCAAGCUGAGCGCCGCAAAGAUGGAUCAAAUCAUUCCACGCCUCCAGGUCCUUGCCCGCUCUAGCCCGGAAGAUAAGCGUAUCCUUGUCAAGCGCCUCAAGGAGCUUGGGGAGACCGUUGCUGUUACCGGUGACGGAACUAAUGAUGCACCCGCUCUCAAGACUGCCGAUGUUGGAUUCUCUAUGGGUAUCGCUGGUACGGAGGUUGCUAAGGAGGCUUCGGCCAUUAUCCUCAUGGACGACAACUUCAACUCUAUCGUAAAGGCUAUGAUGUGGGGGCGAGCGGUUAAUGACGCUGUGAAGAAGUUUUUGCAGUUUCAAGUCACGGUCAAUAUUACCGCGGUUCUGCUUACCUUCAUUACCGCAGUUGCUAGCGGAUCUGAACAAUCUGUCUUGACAGCUGUCCAACUGCUUUGGGUCAAUCUUAUUAUGGAUACUAUGGCUGCACUUGCACUGGCUACGGAUCCUCCAAUGCCAAGUAUCUUGGACCGGAAACCAGACCCCAAAUCAGCCCCUCUCAUUAGCAUUACAAUGUGGAAGAUGAUUAUUGGAGAAGCAAUUUAUCAGCUCGCCAUCACCCUUCUUCUUCACUUUGGUGCGAAAUCGAUUCUCUCCUAUACAUCUCCUCGGGAGCUGAACCAGGUGCCAACCCUUGUCUUCAACACCUUUGUGUGGAUGCAAAUUUUCAACCAAUGGAACAAUCGUCGUCUUGAUAACAAAUUCAACAUCUUUGAGGGCAUUACACGAAAUUGGUUCUUUAUUGGUAUAAAUGUUGUCAUGGUUGGAGGACAGGUCAUGAUCAUCUUCGUUGGUGGCAAAGCAUUCAACGUUGUGCAGCUGAAUGCUGCUCAAUGGGCCUACUCCGUCGUCCUCGGGUUCCUUUCUAUCCCCGUUGGUGCUGUCAUCCGCCUUGUUCCCGAUGAAUUAAUCCUAAGGCUGAUUCCGGACUAUAUCAAGAAUAGGCCAAAGGGCCCGGAACUGACCAUAUCCGACGAGGAGGAGCAAUUCCGUUUCCCCAAACCUUUAGCCGAUGUCAAAGAAGAACUAAGCUUCCUCAAGAAGGUCAAAGGUGGUCGUUUGAAUAAUCUCAAGUUCGCAAUCGAACAGACCCGCGAUCAUAUCCUGCCACGUUCCAGGAGCGGUUCUCGUUCUCGAAGCAACUCGAUUCCUCAUACCCCAAAUAACGAACCUCAACGUGAAGAUGAGCUUGGCAACCCACCCCCUACUCCCGAGUCCCGAAAACGUGGCCGGACCAACCGAUCUCGUUCUAACUCAGCAUUGGGAGCCACGACCGUCAUGGCAGGUAUUAUUGCCGGCAGUGUUGCUGGAUGGUCUCCCAUUGAGCGUAACUACAGCGAUGGGGAUUCUAUUGGAUUCUCGCGCCAUAAUGCCCGUGCGGAGUUGGAAUCCAGAGAUGAUGUCGAGACCCAUCCUGGUACAAACCCUCAAGAUCCGAUUAUCACAGAAGAUCCUCGGGGACUUAGUGUGCCACCAAGUCAAGUGGAGGAUGUUACUCCUGCCACGACUUCAGGUUCUAGCCCACCUCAGUCGCCACCUCAACCAAGCGGAAAAUCAACUUCAUAA